CCGAUCUGUCACCUGAUCAAAACAUUGCCUCGCACCAGGAAGUGGCAUUGGCGCGGCUAGUAUUACCUUAACGACCUUUCAACCAGGACCUACCCACUUAAAACGUCCAUGAUAAGUUCUGACGAAGGCAUGCCACAGAAAGACCCGUGUCAAAAGCAGGCAUGUGCAAUUCAGAAGUGCUUACAAGCUAACAAAUACGUGGAGAGCAUGUGUGAGGACGUGAUCAGGGAGAUGCGGCGGUGCUGUGAGGCGCACACGGGAAAUUCCAUCUGCUGCUCCGGGUUCAAGUACUCAAAACCUGCGGAGAAGAAAAGCGAAACAUAACGUCCGUCUUGUGGGAUGGUGCUGAUGGGAAUAAUGUGAGAAAGCAACAUUGUAUCAAUGUUGUUUUGACUGCGUAACUUCUGUCUAUAUUGCAACAGCGCAAACAGGAAGUGGAAGGAUGUGGAGGAUUAUGAAUCUAUAGUAGAAUAUAUUUGACAUGUCAUUGCACUAAAUACACUGGAAACACAGAAUAUGGAGUGUAACCUUUGUUCAUGUUAUAAAUUACAUUGGUGUUCAACAACUCAUGUCACACCUAACCCUCUGGCACAGCCACAGCAUAAAGUUCAGCAUUAUAAUUUAAGCUGUCCAAUGCAGUACUAUUUAUUAAAGGCAGGUUUGACUGAU